CGCUGCGGGGCCCGCCAUGAAGCUGCAGGUGUGCCGGGCGGGCGGCGGGCGGCUGGGGACGCUGGCGGGCCUGGGCAGGAGCGGGGCCGGCGCGCUGGCGCUGCCGGGCUGCCUGCUGUACCUGCGGAGCGGCUCGGCGCCUCACCUCACGCACGACACCCUGCGGGAGGUCGGCGGGGUGCCCGCCGUGGCCCAGCUCAGCCUGCCCGCCAUGGCAGAACUUCAUGAUGUCCUGGAAGAAUAUAAAGGAGGAGCUGCAAAAUUUAUAGGUAUGCCAGACAUGGUGCUGUACUGCUCCCUUCAUGACCCAGUUGCUCCCUGUCCAUCUGGCUACAACACUAACAAGACAGUGUCCCUGUGGGGCAACUCGGGGCGCAUGGAAGUGACAGCUUCCAAGUUCAUGGACAUACAGCGGGCCAUCCAGCCAGAUUGGUUUCAGUGCAUCUCUGAUGGAGACACCCUUUCUGGGGAAGGUAGUAGAAAAAGGGCCAAGAAGUCUGUGGAUAGGUCACUUUCCUUCCUGGAUGUGUGCCUUCAACUGCUAGAAAAAUCACCGGAACUACAAGGAAGUGUAAUGUUUGGAGCAAUUGAAGGUGGAGAUAUCUUGGAAGAGAGACUCCGAUCAGCCAGGGAGACUGCCAAGCGACCUGUGGGUGGCUUUCUGCUAGAUGGCUUCCAGGGAUGUGCCAUGGCUAAGGAGACCAAGUUGAACCUGAUAGCUUCUGUCACAGCAGAGCUGCCAGAGGAUAAACCAAGAAUCAUCCAUGGUGUAGGCAAACCAGACGAGGUGCUCGAGUGCAUUGAAAGGGGAGUGGACAUUUUUGAGAGUUUCUUUCCCUUCCAAGUGACAGAGAGAGGCUGUGCCUUGGUUUUCAGUUAUGACUGUCAUCCAGAUUCUGAAGCAGCAGUUUUAAAACAAAAUGGGGCCCAGGUUCUGAAGAAGGAUGGUGCUGAAGAAGACCAGGAUGAAAUCUUCAAAGCUGACCCAGAAAUGACACAAUUUGAGAUAUUUCUGAAGGACAAAAGAUACCAAGAUGAUUUUGGCCCUUUGCUGGAAGGAUGCACCUGUUACUGUUGCCAGAGGCAUACCCGUGCCUACGUCCAUCACCUCCUCAUGAGCAACGAGCUGUUGGCUGGUGUCCUGCUCAUGAUGCACAACUUCCAGCACUACUUCAGUUUCUUCAGCGCCAUACGGGAUGCCUUAAGAGACAAUAAACUGGAUCAGCUGAAAAAGCUUGUCUUCAGGCAAGCACUUCAAGGCCCAGGAAAUGCAAAGCCAGACCAGUGAAUUAAGAGACAACAGAGGAGGUUGCAGGCUACAUCCUUAUCCAGUGGCACUGUGUGGGAAACGGUUCUUCUUCUCCCCCACAUAAGUCUAAACAAAAAUGCCACUACUGUGUAAGGUGGACUGCAAGCAGGGUCAUCUGGACCUGUUAGUAGUAAAAUGCUUACUUUCUGGAGUGAAUUGAAGGAGACAUUUGAAGAAGAUUUCACUUCCUGGCAAGGAAGGAAGAUCUUAUUCAAAUGUCCCUUUCAGUUAAUUGGUUUGGUGCAUUCUUGGGGUAUGUAAGAGCUGAAGCAGCUCACAAGACCAGUAUGGAUAGCUUUGUUUUCAGUUACUCACUGUUGGUUGUCCAUGUGGAAGGACAGAAUUACUGAACUUGUGAUGGAGGAAGAAGCAGGUCAUGUAUUUAGCGUUAAUCCAGCUGCCUGGAGGUUCAGCAGCUGCUUGGGACUCUCAUUUCAUACCCAAUGGAUAUUGCAGGUAAUUAUUUUUCUAGAAAAUCCUAAUGGUGUGGUUGUUUCAUCAUACAGCUCCUCUAUGAGAGAUCACACCUCAGUCUAACAUUCUGUUCCUUGUGGCUUUGUCCCUGAAGAGAACUGACUGGAAGUGCUGCUGUGUUCAGUGGCACGAGGAGCUGUGUGUGUACUUCUCCCUCAGGCAGCCUGCAGUGCAGGAUGUUCCCUGGGCUCGGAGGAGGCCCUUCACCUUGGCCUGACCUUGAAAACCCCUGCCUCACAAAUCCCGUUCUGUGACAUUACAGCCAGAAAGAAAAGGAAUUGUUUAAUCCAUGUCCUGCUACAGAGGCGUUUUUUUUAGCUCUAUACCCUUUCACUUGUAUGGAAUAAGAUUUCAUUCUGACACUAGCAUGUAGGUGAUAGUGAAUGUUCCAUUCUUUCCAUCUGUCCUAGCACUGGUCAAAUAGCAGGCUAUUUUCCUGCUAAUAGCACACAUCAGUGUGAGAUGGAGAUGUGGAAGGGUUCUUUUGCAGGAAAAAGUGCUUAGAAAAGAGUCUUACGGCUCCUGGUUUUAAAAUAUGACUUAGUUAUGUCACAUUCCUCUUGUUCAGAUUUUUUUAUGCCCCUUACUUUGGAAUCCUGGAUUUAUUCAAUAAACAAUGUUUAUUCUUUA